AUGAAAAUCGAGGCCAAAAGCGUGACACUUAUUGGGACCUCCUCCGGUGCAAACUCCGCAUUUGGAGCUGCUUUACGGCUCAUAGAUCAAGGGAUGGUCGAUCACGUCAAGGGUGUUAUUGCUUUGAAUCCCUGUACCGUUCAUCCCGAUGCUGUACCAAGCGACAUGAAGGCAAAGUUCACAUCGUAUGAUGAGCAUGCCUACGAUACUGUGAACACAGCACCUGUUAUGCGCGCAUUUUGGGAUGCUUAUGGCGUUUCUCCAUCGGAUCCUUAUGGAUCAUGUCUGCUUCACCCGAAGAUAGGCUUAUUGAAUAAGGUAUACAUUGCAGAGUGCUGCCUAGACACUUUACGAGAUGAUGCAAAACUUAUGAAGGAAGUACUGGAACGAGAGCAUGUUCAGUUGCGAUACAGCUCCUAUCCUGGUUAUCCCCAUUACUCUUGGACUUAUCCUUCUAAGCAUCUGGAUGAACAUCGGAAAGGCUUUAAUCUUAGUCUUUUGAAUGCUCUAAAGUGGGUGAAUGGAGAAUAG